AACACAUUUAGCUUGGUGAUAUUGGCCGCUGUUUUGGUUUGGCUUAGAACUUGCUCUGCGGCCGCAGCUAUGGCAACAUUUUAUUAGCAUUUUCGAGGUUAUUACCACUUUGAUUGCAGCAAAGUGCCGCAUUCGGUAUUGACUAGCGAAUGGAUAUUGAUGUCGACAAGAGCUUACACAGUCCAUAUAUACUAAGUGCAAUGAGUUUUCGAAUCUAUUUAUUAUUAUUUGCAGUAUUUAAUGCCAUGCAACCGCAAUGUUGUCAAUUAAGCGCCAUCGCUGAGCGAAAUAAACGCUGGGUACCGGCACUUUUAUUUCCGCCGACCAGCCCGACGCGAGUGCAGUAUAUAGUCGGUAUUGGUAUACCCCUGGAGGACUUAAUGUACGAGGCUAUGACCACCGGUUAUGUAUUCAAGGCUGAAUAUUAUCUGCCCGACAACGUAACGAAACUAUUCACCAUAACACGCAUGCCAUUUGCGGCACGACAGAUGACGAAAUUCGAACGAUUCCUGGCGGAGGCGGAUGAGUGGAAGCGUUAUGCCACUUGGGAGCAACACUUGACGGAUAAUCGUAAGGUGUUGUCCAGCUACAGAUGGUCCAUUUACAAAGCGCUUGAAGGCUUAGCAGAGCGUUUAUUACUUUGUAGGAUUGCACCUUCGGGACGCGAUUGUGUGUUGAAGAGUAUUUGCGAGGCCGCAGAGACGCCAUUUCAUUACGGUAAUGGCUUAUUUGGCGAAUUGUUACACAUACUACUAACUCCCUCCUCUUCGGUGGAUGAACUGUCAGAGCAUGCGGAUAAUGAAUACUUCUAUGCUGAGUCGAUAGGUCGCACCGGGGCGGAUUGCAGAUUGGUUUUUAAGGGGUGUAAGAAAUCAUUGUUGGAACAUUUUUCUGAUGUGAGCACUUUCAAAGAUAUAAUUUCGAAGCAGUUGGGACAAUUUGGAUAACUUAAUGAAAAGCCAUGUGAGAAUGCUGAUAUUUUAGUAAUGUGUAUGCUUGUCUGAAAAAUAAAAUAUGAAAAUCCGUAUUUGCAAUAAAGUGCUCGUGGAAGCUUUGUUCUAUAAAGUAUAGUUACCAAAAGUAGGGUGUGGCUUAACAGUGGGUU